GAACAUCUUCGACUUCUUCAUCGUUGCCGUGUCGGUGAGUGAGAGCCUGGUGAGCUAUUGGGCGCAAGCUGCAUCAGACGAACCUGCCGAAGCGGAUGGGUCGAAUGCCCAGCAGCUCUUUGCAUCUUUGUUGCGCUUGGCGCGAGCGCUUCGCGGGGUGCGCGUGGUUCGCCUUUUCC